AUGUUAGGUUCUGUUUAUACACACUAUGCUUUACAUGAUAAACUUGAUCGUAUGGCACCGGGAAUUAUAAUUUCUUUACUUUUAUUAACACGUCUUAUUAUUUAUCAGCAAGACAAAUAUUCUAACAAUGAGAAAUCGACUGAAUUAAAAACUGAAGUUACAAAUGAAGAAAACGAUAAUCAACAAGAAUCUGUAGAUGAAGAAUCCGAUGAGGAAAAAAUAUCAUCAAAUGAAAAGAAAAACGAUUAA